AUGACGGAAGAAUAUAGAGGUUCAUGUGUGUGUGGUUCGAUUGAAUUUACUGUUAGAUCGAAGCCAGAAGCUACUUUGGUAUGUUACUGUACAGACUGCCGUAAAGGUGCUGGACACUUGGGUCAAGUUCUUGCUAAGUAUGAAACCAGCAAAGUUGAGAUCCAAGACAAAAACUCAAGUAUGAAGGAAUACACCAUCACCAAAACUCAAAGCGGAUUUCCCAAGAAGAAGCUAUUCUGUGGCGAAUGCGGUUGCAGUAUUCUUACCAAGCCUAUGAAGCAUAAUGGAGAAGUCACCUUCCUCAGAAGUACCCUUCUUGACAAU